AUGGACAGAGUACGGGUUGAGGGAAUGUACGAGGGUGAGCUAUGUUUGCCCAAUUGUCAGGCCAUCGCAGACACCGGCACUUCACUGAUUAUCGGUCCUAUAAAAGAGACCAACGCUAUCAAUGAGCUGAUUGGUGGCGUAAAUAUCGGUGAUGGUAAUUAUGAGGUCAAUUGUAGUGCUAUUAAUACAUUACCUGACAUUACGUUCACAAUUGGCGGAAAGGAGUUCCCAUUGAAAGCAUCGCAAUAUGUAUACAAACAGUUAGGACUGAACGGCAAUAUUCAAUGUCUGUCCGGUAUUGCGGGCGAAGAGUUUACGCUCCCUUUGGGUCCCCUUUGGAUAUUAGGCGAUGUGUUUAUCGGUCCCUAUUAUACUGAGUUUGAUUUUGGCAAUAAUAGGUAUGGAUUUGCACCAUCCAAAUAA